CCUGACACGCGACAGUACCGCAUGGGUCGGAGCCUGGUGGCUGUGCUUUCUCUACGCAGGGCUCAUGUGCUUUGCUGUCGCCUUGCCCGUUAGUUUUCUACCCGCAGAGCUGCCAGACCACGCUGUCGUCAUGGCAGAAAAGAAGCUUGAAGAUCAAGACAAGCCCCUCAGCCAAAACGAGGGAAACCUACGGGCGACCGUGCUGCACUUGCUCAGCAUAAAGCCCUUCGUCCUUGUUUGCUUUGCUGGGUCCGCCGAGCUGAUGGUCGCAAGCGGCCUGUCUUCAUUUCUGGUGAAGAUGCUUCAGGCGCAGUUUAGCAUGACCGCGUCGACAGCUUCAAUGAUUAUGGGCUCUGUGACCAUACCGACGGCCAUGGUGGGCGUCAUGCUAGGAGGCGUGGUCAUAUCUCGCUUCCAGCUGGCCGCCGCGGGCAUCGUGCGCCUAUGCGUGCUCGUGCUUCUCGUGCCCAUCGUACUGGUCACGGUGCUUCUCUUCCACUGCGACAACAUCCCCUACCGGAACGUCCAGUACGACGUCGGAGGUGUAAGCGCCGACCACGCCAGCUUGCCCGCCUAUGUCUUCCUGCAUUAUUUAUCUUCCCUCGCUUAUAAUAUUCACUCUUAG